AUGUCUGAAGUUCGCGCAUGUUUUGGGCCUGGUCCAGAUCCAGAUGUGACGUAUCCGUUGGUGGUGCAGUAUUGCGGUGAAUGUUCGAUGCCGCUUGAAUAUUGCGAGUACAGCGGGAAGCCUGAUAAAUGUCGCCAGUGGCAGGAGAAGAAUUUGCCUGAUGAGAUAGAGAAGCUUCAAAUUGUUAAUGAUGACGAAGUUGCCGAUGCGGAAAAAAAACAUCAGAAACGAGGAGGUAAAGGGUCGAAAGCUGCUAGUGAAAAAAGUGCUUCUUCGAAGAAAAAAGUUAGUGGCCCAUCAAAGAUUACUUUACAAAGAGCAUUAAGAGGAAGAAAUAAAUCUGUUACAGUCAUUAAAGGACUAGCUACGUUUGAUGUCGAUUUAAAAGCAGCUGCAAAAUUUUUUGCUGGUCGCUUUGCAUGCGGUUCUUCAGUUACUGCAGCAGAUGAGAUUGUUGUUCAGGGAGAUGUUAAGGAUGAUUUAUUUGAAAUUAUUACGGAAAAGUGGCCUAAUAUUGAUGAAGAUUCAAUUGAGGAUUUAGGUGACCAGAAGCGCUAA